UACAGAUGUAUGGAUGUAUCAAUAUAUAUUGAAUAUAUAAUUCCAAUAGAAUAAAAUCUCUUACAUAAAAGUUUACUAUCAUUUUUUCAAGCCAAAUAAUAAUUAUUGAAAAUAAUCGUAAUGACUACCGAUAUAGUAGCAACAUUAAAAGAGCCGAGAAUGAUAAAAAUAUGUGCUCCGAUGGUUAGAUACAGCAAAUUACAAUUUAGAACGCUUGUAAGACGAUAUGGAUGUGACAUAUGUUUUACUCCUAUGAUCUUAGCCGAUUCGUUUGUCCGAUCUUUAAAGGCUAGAGAAAACGAGUUUACUACGCACGAAGAAGAUAAACCAUUAAUCGUCCAAUUUGCGGCUAAAACUGUAAAUGAUUUUGUUGGUGCCACAGAAAUGGUUGCACCAUAUUGCAAUGGUGUAGAUCUAAAUUGUGGUUGUCCACAACGUUGGGCUAUCAAAGAAGGAUAUGGAGCUGAUUUGUUGAAAAAGCCAGAGCUUGUAAGAGAUUUGAUAUACGAAAUCAGAAAUCGUAUUCCAAGACCAUUCACAGUUUCUGUAAAAAUACGUCUGUUAAAGGAUAUACGCCAGACUAUAAUGUUAUGUCAAAUCUUAGAAAAAGCAGGUGCUUCAUUCUUAACAGUCCAUGCAAGAACUCCUGAGAUGCGUAAUGAACCAAUCGAUUUGGACAAUCUAAAGCUUCUUAGAGAUUAUGUACAGUUGCCUCUUGUUGCAAAUGGUGAUGUAAAAAAUUUAGAAAAUGCAGAAUUUUUAUUUAAGGAGUCUAGAUACGAAGGAGUAAUGUCUGCUAGAGGUAUUUUAAACAAUCCAGCAUUAUUUUCGGGAUAUUCUACUACUCCACUUGUUUGCGUUCAAGAUUGGUUGAAUAUUACGUCAACCAUUCCAACUGAAUUUCAAUGUUUUCAUCAUCAUCUGGUAUUUAUGUUGGAAAAAAUUUUACCAAAGAAAGAUCGAGUGUUAUUCAAUAACUUACAGGAUAAAUUAUCUGUAUUAGAAUUUUUAGAAAAUUAUUACAAUAUAAGACCAAAUAUACAAUAUAAUUCAGUAGAAUUAACCAAGUGCAAUUUUGAUAUUUCAUAUGUACAGCAUAGAAAAAAAUUUAUUAAUUACUGGGAAGAUGAUUCAUUUAAUAAUUUAUUGGGAAAUAUAUUUGAUGUGAAUUCAUAA